CUAUGACUUUUCUAGUAUUCAUCCUGGUUUAAAUGCCAAGGGCUCGUGUUACUGAUGCGAGUGCUGGGUGUGAACGUGUCAAACAUAUGUUUGGUGAACUUUAGCCAUGGGUUGUAAGGUUAAAUUAGUUGUGUGUCUUCCCUCUUGUUCUUUUUUUUUAUAACGGUGCAAUGAGUUUAUUUCCAUUCUAAUAAUAUUUUGGUGUUUACGAUUACAGCACAGAAAAAAUGGACGGAAAAAAUCGACAUGAAUCUUGACGACUGGAUAGGCCUAUUCGUAUUAGUAUAUCAUACAGUGCUUAAACUUUAAAUUUUAGCCCACUCUUGCCUCUUACCUUGAAGUUGAAGCUAUCACUAUCACCGUACCAUUUGUACAGUGUAUUUAGAACGAACAGAAAUGAAAUCUCAAAACAAGCAGCUAAGUCACCAGGUUGGCACAACAGCUGUGAAAGCAUAUCUUCAACGAAAAGAACAGGAAGAAAAACAGAAGUUGCUAGAAGCUCUUAAGAAAAAGGAACAUCUGUUGUCUCUACGAGCUCAGAAUUCAAAAAGUAGCAAAAAAGCAAAAAUAAUGGCAUCAAGAACAAAAGACAAUGAUUUUAGUGGAAUAAGGAUGUCUGAAGAUGAUCUUGAUGCUAAAUUGAAAAGAGAAAAAGAAUUCCAGAGAGAAAUGUCAAAUACUAUAAUUGAAAGAACAAAAAAUAGAUUUGAAGAACAUGAUAGUCAAGCUCUGAGGAAACGAAAGAGAAAGACUCGUGAUAUGAAUAAUAAUGAUGAAAUGUUUUCAUUUCCUUUAAAUCAAUUGCUUUUAAAGAAACCUCGCUUGACAGAAGAACAGCCUAAGAUAGACAUGUCAGGACGAGAUCCUUCAACAAACAAACUGCAAAAUAAUGGAGCAUUGCCAAAAAAUAAAUCAAGGCAUAAGCAACAUCCAACUCAAAUGGGAAACUUCAAGGAUAUUUUGAAAAUAACUUCUCAGAAACAUCAUGAAUCUGUUCCAGUUUUACUCUCUGUAAAGGAAAGUGAAGAUCAAAGACUGAUGGCUGAAAGGGGAAUAUACAUAGAUGAAGAAAUAAGGAAAAAGAAAACUAGUGUACCAUGUAAUUCUUCCAAAGAAAUGAAAAGACACGACGGCAUGAUUUCUAAGCAGUCAAGUAAGAAAGUGCUUUGUGAAGGAGGUGAAAAUAAUCCUAUUGAAUCAAGUUUGCUAACCAACUUUCAAAAUCAACAUAAAGGUUUUAGAUUACUUGCAAAUGGCAAACAUCAUUUGUCUGGAGCUUCUAGAUCAAGUGCCAUAUCACAAAGUAUGGGUGAUUGGAAAAAUCAGAAUACUGACAAAAUAUCACAUAAAGAGAAAGUAUUAAAUCCAAAUAAACCAAAGUCUGCACACAUUGACAAUAGCAAUGUGUUUUCUUCUAAGCAUCUUGCAAAAGAAAAUCGAUAUGUCAGUCAGAAAGAAGAAGAAAUGGAUGAUAAUUCACAUCCUCAUAUUGAUAAAAGGGACUCUUUAAAUUUCCGAAACUUGCAAAGGGCUGAUUUACACCUUGAUACAAGAUCAAAUGACUUGCAGUCAAACCACAAGAAGAAAAGUUUUAGGUGUGAAAGGAAACUUGAUACAGAUAUUUGGACACGUGCUGAAUUAAACAAGUUUCAAAACAGUUCAGCUUGCAAUGAAAUUGUAAAUAAACAGAAUGAAAUGUAUAAGUCUUGUAAAUACAUGGACAGAGUUUAUGCUGAAGACUGUUCACUCUCCAAACCCAGCUUAAACUACAGAUUUCCUGAAAACCAGCUGAUUAAUAAGAAACUCAUUAAAAAUCCUAGCCUUAACUGCAAAGUACCUCAUUCAGAAAACCAGCUGAAUAACAGGAAAUCCAUUGAAAAACCUAGCUUUAACUACAAGUUACCUCAUUCAGAAAAUCAGCGUAAUAAUACCAAAUUAAUUGAACAACCGAGCUCUCACUUAAUGUUAUCUCAUUCCAAAAGUAAUGGGAAGCCUAAUCCUAACUUUAGAAUACCUCGACGAGAAAAUUUGGCUACUAGUAUUAAAAAAAAUGAGAACCUUGACUCUAACAACAGAGUACCUUACUCAGAGGAACAACCUACUAAUACCAAUAUUAAUGGGAAACUUAGCUCUAACAGUAGAGCACCUGAUUUGGAGAGACAACCUCCUAAAACCAACACUAAUGGGAAACUUAGUUCUAAUAACAAAGCAUCUGAUUUGGAGAGACAACCUCCUAAAACCAACAGUAAUGGAAAACUUAGUUCUAAUAACAAAGCAUCUGAUUUAGAGAGACAACCUUCUAAUACCAACAGUAAUGGAAAACUUAGCUUUAACAAUAGAGCAUCUGAUUUGGAGAGACGACCUAAUACCGAUACUAGUAGGAAAGUUAGCUCUGAUAAACUAGCAACUAGAUUGGAGAAACAACCUCCUAACACCAACACUAAUAGGAAACUUAGCUCUAACAAUAGAGCACUUGACUUGGAGAAACAACCUCCUAAUACCAACAAUAAUGGGAAAUUAACCUCCAACACUAUAGCAUCUGAUUUGGAGAGACGACUUCCUAAUACCAACAUUAAUGGGAAACUUAGUUCUAACUAUAGAACAUCUGAUUUGGAGAGACGACCUCCUAAUACCAACAGUAAUGGGAAACGUAGCUCUAACAAUAGAGCACUUGACUUGGAGAAACAACCUCCUAAUACCAACAAUAAUGGGAAACUUAGCUCUAACUAUAGAGCAUCUGAUUUGGGGAGACGACCUCCUAAUACCAACAGUAAUGGGAAACUUAGCUCUAACACCAGAGUAUUUGAUUUGGGGAGACGACCUCCUAAUACCAACAGUAGUGAGAAACUUAGCUUUAAUAAUAGAGAAUCUGAUUUGGAGAGACAACCUAAUAUCAACACUAGUAGGAAAAUUAGCUCUAACAUUCUAGCAGGUCGAUUGGAGAAACAACCUCCUAACACUAACACUAAUAGGAAACUUAGCUCUAACAAUAUUGCAUCUGACUUGGAGAGACGACCUAAUACCAACACUAGUAGGAACACUAACUCUAACAAACUAGCACUUAGAUUGGAGAAACAACCUCCUAACACCAACAUUAAUGGGAAAAUUAGCUCUAACAAUAUUGCAUCUAAUUUGGAGAGAGAAACAAAUACCAGCACUAGUAGUAAACUUAGCUAUAACAAAAUAGUUCCUAAAUUGGAGAAACAACCACCUAAUAUCAACAGAAAUGGGAAAAUUAGUUCUAAUAAUAGAGCACCUGAUUUGGAAAGAAGACCUAAUAUGAAACUUAGCACUAAUAAAAUAGUACCUAGAGUGGAGAAAGAAUUUCUUAAUCGGAAACUUAGUUCUAACAAAAUGGAACCUGAUUUGGAGAGACAUCCUACUAAUACUAACAGUGGUGGGAAAUUUAGCUCUAAGAACAGAACACCCAAUUUGGAGAGACGACCUCCUAGUACCAACAGUAAUGGGAAACUUAGUUCUAACAAUAGAGCACCUGACUUGGAGAAACAACCUCUUAAUAACAACAUUAAUAAAAGACGUAUUUCUAACAACAGGGUAUCUUGUUUGGUGAAACAAUCUACUAGUUCCAGAUCUAAUGAAAAACCUAGUUCUGAUUAUAAGAAAUCUGGAAAACAAUCAACUAACACCAAAUUGAAUGAGAAACUCGGGUUAAAUGGCAGCACACAUAUGAAGAAAGACCUUAUUAAUAGCAUAUUCAAUAAAGAAUCUAACACCAGUCACAGAAAAUCCUAUUUGGAAGAGCUGCCUACUAAUACCAAAUACAAUGGUAAGCCCAGCUCUAACUAUAUAGUACCUUAUUUGGAAAGAGAGAAUACUAAUACCAAAUUCAAUGAGAAACAUAGAUCAAACCACAAGGUAAAAUGUAUCGAAAAAAUCAUGACUAGUAACAAAUCCAAUGAGAAACCUAUUGCUAAUUGUAUAAAACCUUUCAUGGAUAAGCGUUCUUCUAGUAUAAAAUCAAAUGAAAAACAUAACUACAAAGUAACUAAUUUGGAGAAACUGUCUACUGACGCCACAUUAAAUGAGAAGCCACAGUCUAAACACAGGUCAUCUUACAUGGAAAAGCAAUUUGCUCAAACGAGAUCCAAUGAAAAACCUAGAUCUGACUCCUUGCAACCUUGCUCGGAAAUUCAGAAACCAAGUACGAAAUCCAGUUGUAAGCUUAGCUCUAGCAGCCAGCCAACUAAUAAGACAUCAGGGAGUAAACCUUGUCACAACUAUAGAGAUUCUCAUUCACACGAGGAGCUUGCUAAGAUGAAACCCAAGAGCAAUCCUAAUGAUACCCACAGGGUACUUUCAGCUCGUACUGAAAAUCAGCCUGUUAAUACAAAACUUAAUCUACAACCUAAUCAUAAAGGUGGUCUACCAGGCCCUGAAAAACAGUAUUUCAAUGUCAGAUCUAGUGGGAAGCUAUUAUCUAACAACAGAGUACACCAUUUUACAUCUCAAAAAGUGGCUGGUUAUCAUCAGGUUCAGAAAAAAGCUCCGGUCAAGCGAAGAAUAGAGAGUGAUGAUGAAGAUGAUGACAUGUCUGAUUUUAUUGAUGAUACUCCAAUAGAUGAUGAAGAAGAUUAUUCUAGCAUCAUCAGAGAAAUUUUUGGAUAUGACAGGCGAAAAUAUAUGGAUGAUGAUUAUGAUGAUUCUAAUAUGGAAGCAAGUUAUGCAGAGGUUAUGAAAGAAGAAAAGAGAAGGUUUGUUAUCUAUCUAUUUGACAAAA